AAUCCACUAAAGUCAUAAAUUCAUUAGCAAAAACCUAAAUUUUUCAAUAUGGGAGAUUCUCUCGAUACAGUUCCCUUUAAUCAUAGUUGGUAUGAGACCCUAAAUGGCGGAGCCGGAUUGUUUGCCUUAGCGGUUGCCAUAAUUUUUGUAUUUAUUAUAAUUAUUGUAUUCAUUAUACGAAUCAUUCAAUUACCCCGCCUCCGCCAGCAAGUUAUCGAUGAUUUUAGUGUUGUUGACAACACUCGAAGUGUCCCUACAAGAAUACUUAAAGUGAUCAUUUUCCUGUUACUAACUGCCGGGUUAGUAGGAGUAAUUUAUUUCAAUAUUUCCAAAAUGAUAUAUGAUUCCCCCAAGAUAUCUGUGGCGUUAAUAAAGAACAAUAUGAUGGCUCCAUUUAUGCUUUUUUGCAACGGUGAAAAAAGAAGUCUCAAAUAUACUUCUGCCGAAUAUUAUCCUGCUAUUAAUGGUAUUUCUGAAUCUGCUCCCAUUGAUUUAGUCCAACAAUUUAGUAUUAUUUCAGGAAAAAAUGGGGAAUGCCAAUUUUUUAAUGGUACAAUGUUCCUUAAGCCAAUAAGUGACAGCAGUGAAGGAACCUAUUCACUAAGCUUUAUUGGUGAUGCUUCCGGUAUUAUUGUUUUCAUUGGCGAUAACAAUACGAAUAUGGAUUGGACUCUUACCAUUCCUCAAGGAAACUUGCUUAGUAAUGUAGGGGUUCAAGUGUUAGAGGGAAAUGGUGGUACUAUCCAAUAUACAGAGACCCGUCAUACUGAUUUAAACGAAAACGUGGAUAGAAGCUUUCAGAUCUCUGUCAUUGAAACUGUUAUUAUCGAACCUGCUUUAAAUGGAACACGAAUAAACGUUACCAUCUUCGAACCAAGAAUCGUCACAAAUCAGGUUGAGAAUCCAUCCAUCACGCUAGCUGACCUUUUUAGUAACGUCGGUGGUUACCUUGGCAUCUGGGGAAUUUUCGGCUUUCUCUUUGGUAGUAGCAAGAUGGAUCCAUUCGGGUUUGUGGCACGGUUUGUAUUCAUAAAACAAGAUAGGGAAAAACUUCUUAAGGAAUUGAAAGGUGAUGGCAAUGUAGAAUUAGGCACCUGGGAAAAAGAGGAAAAGGAGGUUGACAUUGACACCAAAACGAGUAUUCUUAGCAAUCAAGCUGAAUUCAAAAACCUCCUUUCAAAAUACUAUGUCGAAACAGAUUAUUACGAACAUGCCGUCGAAAAUGUAUAAGUAUGAUAGUUAUUUAAUGUCU